CUUAUUGGCUGCAAAAUCGUGUACAUGUCCCACUUUCGUGGCUUGAAUUGAGACAUUUCACAUCGAGUAUACCACUAUAGACCGCACGCAAGAAAGAGACAAGAUGUCAUCGACUAAUCGAAGUCGUCUUGAAGCAUCGUUUAGUGAAGUUCAGAAUGACUUAUCUUCAAGAAAACUAUAUCUAAUUAUAGUCGAAAGUCUUGUUCUAGCAAGUAUCUCGUUGAUUGCAGUGUUUGGAAAUAUGGUUGUUCUUAUCGCCUUCUAYAGAUGUUCCCGUCUUCGAACAGCAGUGAAUUUGUUGGUGAUUUCACUCGCGUCUUGUGACCUGUUUACAGCCUUAGUUGUUGUCCCGAUAUCCACUGGUGUCCUGGCAACGGGUAAGAUGUUUAUGGGUCCUGUAGCUUGUCAGAUGUUUGGUUCUCUAUCGUAUUUGCUUGAGAAUUUGACAUUCCAUACUAUGUGUCUGAUCGCUGUCAAUCGUGUGCUAUUAAUGGUCAAGCCUUCUUGGUAUAAUGUCUUGUUUAAUUUCAAAGCAACAAUGAUGACUGUUAUCUCUAGUUGGGUGUUUCAGUUGUUAUAUGCUAUUUUACCAGCGUUAGCGGAUUGGAGCGAGCCUUUCCUAUCCCCAGGGUAUACAACAUGYUCGCUCCUUGUGACACACCCGUUAGCCAAACAGUUUUAUCGCACCCAGAAAGAAGCCGUUAUGAUUGGAGGCAUUUUUAUCAUUACGAUGUGCUACAUUGUAGUGUAUAUUAAGAUUAAAAGAAGGAAAAACUGUAGUUCUCCAUCAGUGGAGCCAACUGAGGUCAAUAAAAAGGAAGAGAAUAGCCAAUAUGCAGAUGUACCACAAGGCCAUGAAAGAAUCAGUGAUGAUUCUAUUGAAAGUUGCAGUGCUAAUCCUUUGCGAUAUUUAGAUCACGAUCCUCUCUACUCCGACUUAUCUCAGGAUCCUCGGAAACAAAUUAUAACCCGACAACAGAGUGACCAAUUCGCGACAUUAGACAACCGGCAACAUGCCAUUCGGUCUGAUUUAUCUCAAGAUUCCAGGGAACUAAGUCCAGAACAGAACGAUGAACCCACAACACCAGACAACCGACAAGGUGCCAUUCGUUCCGACUUAUCUCAAGAUUCUAGGAAAUUAAGUCCAGAACAGAACGGUCAACUCACAACACCAGACAACCGACAAGGUGCCAUUCGUUGCGACUUAUCUCAAGAUUCCAGGAAAUUAAGCCAACAAAACGAUCAGCCAGUGACAACAGACAACCRACAAGAUAUCAUCCAAAAUUACACCAAGCUAUCUACGACUUAUCAWCAUCAUGACAACGUUGURUAUUUAGGUCAGUUAAAAACGACCAAAGUGCUUUUCUUUUCCACUCUUUUUUUCAUGGUAUCCUGGAUACCAUUGUCAAUUAUGCUAAUUGUUGAGUCUUACCAAGCAAGAUAUGUUUCCAGGCAAGUGGAACUGUUUGGAAUGACGCUACUAUUUUUAGGAACCACAUUUAACCCUAUCAUUCUUGCUAUACUGAGCCGAGACUUUCGUGUUCAGUUUUAUAAAAUUCUUGGAAUAAAGAAUAAUGUAGUUCAAGAGACUCCACAUUGAGCCAUAGUUAGUAGAGGGGAAAAUCCCCUCUACCAACUAUGAUUGAGCCUACAAACCGCAGUACGUAAAGCUUUUAAAAGCGCCUUAGGAGCGACGUCAACUUCAAUCUUAAGUCAAUGUAAAAAAACACACAAGAGUUCAAUGAAUAC